CAUUUUCCGAUUAUUCCAGUAUUAUUUAUGCAGUUAAUUAUAAAUUGACACAAUGAAGACCGAGGAUCGGUUCGAAGCAGUUUGUGUAGACAAGCUAUCGCUUUCAUUCACUUGUCGAACGUGUCUAAACACCGACUCUGAUCAACAGUUGAUUUCGAUCUUCGACGACACCGAAUCCAGUGGUAAAUUAUAUGUUGAUUUGUUCCAUAAGUUGUCGCUACUGAAACUGAAGAUUGCGAAAGACGAUGGUUAUCCGGCAAAUAUAUGCAGUAUUUGCAUGGAACGGUUACUGGCUGUCGAUGCUUUCCGAAAGCAAUGCGAAAAAGCUCAAGAGUAUCUCGAGCAUUACUUUGUGAAACUUCCUGAAAAUGUUCCAGAUAUCAAGCCGGACUUACAAGUCUGCUGUGUUAAAGACUCGGAGAUUUUGAACGAUUCUAAGAAUAUUGAACCUCCAGAAGAUAGCGAAAAUGAGAAUCGUAAUGAUGUUGGAUUUGAAAGUGAAGAAUCGUCAUCAGAAUAUAAGCCAGAAGGUGAAGAAUCAUCGUUGGAAGACGAAGAAAAUCCUUUAAAGGACAAUGGUAAGCUAAAAUGUCCUGUAUGUGAUAAAAUUUUCCGAACCGUCGCCAUCAAAAAUAAUCAUCUACAUUUGCACAAUAAAGUGAAUGCAUUCCCCUGUGAUGAAUGCGAGAUGUCCUUCAAAUCCAGGGGCUAUCUGAGAAAACAUAAGAAUAUGGUGCACCCAGUUGGCCACGGCAACAAGACCUUUAUUCAGUAUGCCCAUAGCAAGAAUCACGAAUUGGCGGAAAAACCGUCAUCCUAUCUGUGUAAUAUUUGUGGAAAAAGCUUUCGCUACGAAUGUACCCUUAAAACGCAUCUAAAAAGACACGAAGAGACACUAAAGUAUCCUUGUAAUAUUUGUAAUAAACAAUUCGCACAGAAAGGUAAUCUUAAACUACACCUUGCCAUCCAUAAUAACAUUCGGGCUUAUCAGUGUGAGCAGUGCGGUAAGAAAUUCACCCAACUAGGCCAGCUAAAGUCACAUAUGAUACUACACAAUGCCGAAAAGUCGCACCAUUGUGAAUUCUGUAGCGAAUCGUUUCUGAGAAUCCGAGAUCUGAGGCGACAUAAUUUGAUAGUGCACGGCAAGACAGAUGUAAGCAUACGGUUUGAUCAAUCUUUGCCGGAAAACGAAGACACUGUUGAAAUGGUUCCAAUGAAGAUGGAAGAGAAGCUUUCCAAAAAGACCAAUGAUUUUCCAUACGCUUGUGAUUUGUGUAGCAGAACGUUUAAAGUGCCGUCAUCGUUGGCGAAACAUAUCAAAAUACACAGCGAAGAGAGAAAAUUCGACUGCACUAAAUGCGGUAAUACUUUCAAGGCACUCGCACAUUUAAAAAAUCACAUCAACGCGGUACAUCUGAAGCGGAAACCGUACAGCUGCGAGGUGUGUAAGAAAUCAUUCGCUCGGGUGGGUGACCGGAACGUUCACAUGCGUGCACAUACGGACGAGAAACCACACCAGUGCUCUUUCUGUGGAAGAGGCUUCAACUUGGCCAAGGCACUCCGGGCUCAUGUCCGGCAACAUACGGGAGAAAGGCCAUUCGUGUGCAUCAUUUGCAAUGCCGGCUUCACCUGUCACAAAACUCUUGCUUCUCACACGCGUAGGCUGCACGCGGAGGAUCCUCAGGUUCUCAGGAAGGUAGACGAGUUAGCACAGACGGUGCUGUUUGCACCGUCAUCUGCUGCUGUAGGAGAUGGGGCCUCAACGACGAUUCAGAAAGAUGAUAGAUAUCCAGAAAAUAUAUGCAGCAUUUGCAUGGAACGGUUGGAGACUAUAGAUGCUUUCCGAAAGCAAUGUAAAAAGGCUCAAGAGCAUCUCCAACAGAACUUUAUCAAGCUUCCCAAAGAUGAACCGAAAUGCAUAUCGGAAGUACUAGUCUGUUUCGUUGGAGAUUCGGAACUUUUGAAUGAUUCGACUAAUUUGGAACCUCCAGAUGAUGAGGAUCAUUUGGGUGAUAAAGCUGAUAAUAAAGAAUCGUCGUCGGAAUAUAAUCCAGAGAAUGAAGAGUCUUCAUCGGAAGAGGAAGCAGCGUUCGAAGGGAAAAAUACCGAAAAACACGACGAGAAGCUAAAAUGUCCAGUAUGCGAUAAAAUUUUCCGAACCCUUGCCAUCAAGAAUAAUCAUCUAUAUUUACAUAGUGACGUAAAAGAGUUUUCAUGUAAUGAAUGCGGCAAGUCCUUCAAGACGAAACGGUAUCUGCGAAAACACAAGGAUUAUGUUCAUGCUUUCGGUGAUCAUGAAUGUGCUACGUGUGGAAUGAAAUUUACCAAAACAUCCAAAUAUCAGUACCACUUGGAAUCACACAACCGAUCUGAAAAGCCCAGAAAAGAAUUCAAAUGUAGCCUUUGCGACAAAAUAUUUGUUCACCGAAACCAUUGGAAAAGUCACGAAUUAACUCACACCGGAAAACGGUCCUACCUGUGUAACAUUUGUGGCAAAAGUUUCAUCUACGACAGCAGCCUUAGAACGCAUCUUAAAAUCCACAACGGAGAUGCAGAAAAGUAUGCAUGUGAUAUUUGUAAUAAAACGUUCUCAAGCAAAGGGAGUCUAAAAGCGCACCUCGAUGUCCACUUGAACGUGAGAGCAUAUCAGUGCGAGCAAUGUGGCAUGAAAUUUGUCCAUCAAACCACACUCAAAGGACACAUGAAGCUUCACAAUGCCGAAAAAACGCACCAUUGUGAAUUUUGUCAGGAAUCAUACCUUAGAAUCCGAGAUUUGAGGCGCCAUCGUUUGUUAAUUCACAACAAAACAGAAACAAUGAAUCGAGAGAUUCAGCAAUCACUUCAAGAAAAUGAAAUUGUCGAAAAGGCACCCACCAAAGAAGAAGAUAGCCCUUCCAAAAAGCGUCGCAAAAGACCAAUAGAGAACAAACCUUACAGUUGUGAUUUGUGUGACAAAUCGUUCAGAAUACCGUCAGCGUUGGGAAACCACUUGAAGAUCCACAGCGAGGACCGGCAAUAUGUCUGCAAAGAAUGCGGCAAUGCAUUUAGGAAUAUUGUACAUUUGCAAAACCAUGUCAACGCCGUACAUAUGAAGCGAAAACCAUACAGUUGUGAGGUAUGCAAGAAAUCAUUCGCCCGGGCGGGCGAUCGGAACCGUCACAGGCAAAUGCACUCAUCUGAUAAACAAUAUCAAUGUUCUGACUGUGGAAAAAGUUUUAAAUGGGCAAGGUCUCUUCAAACUCACAUUCGAGAACAUACGGGAGAAAAGCCUUACGUAUGCAUCAUUUGUAAUGUGGGUUUCGCACGGCAGGAUUAUCUGGCCCGCCAUACUCGAAGUGCGCAUACCGAAGCACAAAUGAACAUUCCGAAGGAAAGUGAAGAACUAGCUCAGUCGGUAUCCUAG